UUGCAUGGCGGCGCUGUUCAACUUUACAUCGCCUGCGGUGAAGCGGCUGCUCGGAUGGAAGCAGGGAGACGAGGAAGAGAAGUGGGCAGAGAAAGCCAUCGAUUCGUUGGUGAAAAAGCUGAAAAAGAAGAAGGGCGCUUUGGAGGAGUUGGAAAAGGCAUUGUCGAACCCUGGCGUUCCUACCAAAUGCGUGACCAUAACGAGGAGUUUAGACGGUCGCCUACAAGUAUCGCAUCGUAAAGGUUUGCCUCACGUUAUCUAUUGUCGCGUGUGGCGUUGGCCAGACCUUCAGAGCCACCACGAACUCAAGGCCGUCGACUGCUGCGAAUACGCGUUCGGACUCAAGCAGAAGGAAGUCUGCAUCAAUCCGUAUCACUACCAGCGCGUAGAGAGCCCAGUUCUCCCUCCUGUGUUGGUUCCAAGACACAGUGAGUAUCCGGCUUCAACACCUAGUCCGUCAACUCACAAUGGAUACGGCCGCCCUGCGCAUCUCGAUCCGUUUCACGGUCUUGAGGCAACGCAUGGGUCCGUCGUGCAUCCACCGCCUCUCACCAUGCCUCCCGGCGGUGUGCUACAGCCGUUUCCUUCUAUUUUGGAUCAGCCAGGAUUCCCGGACUCGCCCGAUCGUGAAUCCCCUCAUUCGGAUACGAGCGCACUAGACGUGCCAAGCCCGUACUCGCCGGAUAAACCCAUGAUGCCUGUGAUAAAUCAUGGACUUGCUCCGUUGACUCCUGUUGCUUACCAGGAACCCAAAUAUUGGAGUUCGAUUUCUUACUAUGAGCUAAACAGUCGUGUCGGGGAGACAUUUCAGGCAUCGAAAACGAGUCUAAUCAUUGAUGGAUUCACCGACCCAAACACAACCGAUUCGGACAGAUUCUGUCUCGGUCUACUUUCCAAUGUGAAUCGAAACUCAACUAUAGAGAAUACAAGAAGGCACAUCGGUCGCGGUGUACAUCUGUAUUAUGUCGGUGGCGAGGUCUACGCCGAGUGCCUAAGCGACAGUGCCAUUUUUGUGCAGAGUCGAAACUGCAAUCAUCACCACGGCUUCCAUCCGAGUACAGUGUGCAAGAUUCCGCACGGUUGCAGUCUUAAGAUUUUCAACAACCAGGAAUUUGCCGAAUUGCUGUCGCAGUCAGUCAAUCACGGCUACGAGGUAGUGUAUGAGCUAACAAAGAUGUGUGCUAUCCGAAUGAGCUUUGUGAAAGGAUGGGGAGCCGAGUAUCACCGCCAAGAUGUUACCAGCACACCAUGUUGGGUCGAAAUCCACCUAAACGGUCCCCUCCAAUGGCUUGACAAUGUCCUGAGGCAGAUGGGAUCCCCAGGAGAUGGAAUCACAUCAGUAUCAUGAGAAGUCAUCAACUGUUACAAAGGAAGGUUUUAGUCAAAUUCUAUGUACAGACGUUGAUUUGAUCCCUUUUGGUGUUUUAGUCUUAUGUCGUAUGUGUGUUUACCAAGUGAUGAAAAUUUCUUUUUUACCUGCAUGACAUUUGGAAUGUGAUGGACAGACAGUACAGCCUUAUGUAUGACAACUCUAGGGUGACAUGUAUACAGAUAAAAAUAAAAAUAGUUAAUGAGUAAGUAUAACCUUGAAAUUCUUUAAUAUAUGCUGUUUUAUCACCA